CCCCGCUACAUAAAACUUCCCGAAUCCUUCACCACCUCACAGUGCAUCGGAAAAAUGACAGCCAUGAACAGAACGGGAACACGAGUGGGACCAGAAGGUGAAUAUUGGCACUAUCGAGGAACGAGAGCAGGGCGGAAGAAAAAAAAGCAUCCCGCAAAGCUACCAUCAAAGAGGAGAUCAAGGUCACCUGAGGUUAAGGAGGAAUCUCAGUCCUACCGUGCCCGUCUACAGCAAUCCUUUGCCCCCCUGGCUAAACCGACAGACGAAGAACGCAUCAGAGAUGCUCCGCUCGGACUUCGCGAGCAUAUUAGCAGUAAAGGCCAAAAGGCCGUCUUCUGUUGGGUUGAGUUAACGAUUCCUUCGUUGUCGGUCGCAAAAUACCAGUUUCCUACUUGCGAUGGGAUUAUUGAAGAGAGGGAUUACCGGAUCGCCGAGGAUCCCGGCCGCAAUAUCCAAACCAUCGCAGAAUGGAAGCAGACACUGGGACGACUGGGGAACCGAAGAGACGGAGCCAAAAUCUUAGCUGGGUCUCCUAAGUUUGAGGACCUUGCUCACAAGUCCGGAUCCGCGUCAUUCAUCCCGAAACGAAUCGGUUGGAUGAAAGAGCACGAAUUCGAUACCUUUUCUCGCCAGCUUGCCCCGAUUGAAAGUGACGGACCGGGGGAGCGGAAGAAGUGGAAUCUUUUCAACGAGUAUCUGCGGCCACAAGUUUCUGAUGAUGAAGAGGACUUCAAGAAGCCCCAUAGUCUUAGUGACAUGCUGUGUGGAAAAGCGACUGCGUGUCGUAGUUUGAACCAGAGAGGGGUUGACUGA